AUGCCGCUCCUUCUUCUUCGUCUCGCUUGCUUGAUUUUCCUGUUGUGUCUGGGGACGCCCACUUGCGCGAAACAGCAGUGUCGCCUCGUGCUUAACGCACAGCUCGGCGACUCCUCCAAUCCCCAAGCGCCGCUCUCAGCUACUCCGACGUCCUCUGGGCCUCCCUCGACCUCGACGACCUCGUUACCAACACUCGCACCGUUCAAAUAUGGGCAGGAUAUCGUUCGGGGAGUCAAUUUGGGCGGAUGGUUUGUGCUCGAGCCCUGGAUCACACCAAGUAUCUUCGAGGCCACGAACAACGGCGACAUCAUAGACGAGUACACGUUCGGCGGGAUGCAAGAUUACAACCACGCCCUAGACGUCUUGCAGACACACUGGGAUACAUGGAUCACCGAAGAUGACUUCGUUGCGAUCAAGAACGCCGGACUUAAUCAUGUCAGGAUGCAAGUCGGAUACUGGUCCGUUCCGAUCACUACGGCGGAUACAAACUUCACAACCUCGACCGACCCUUACAUCCCCGGAGCAUGGCCGUACCUCUUACGUGCGCUCGGCUGGGCACGACAGCACGGCAUCCACGUCAUCCUCGACCUCCACGGCGCGCCGGGCUCGCAGAACGGGUACGACAACUCCGGGCGCCUCGGUGGCGCGAACUGGGCAAAGGGAAACAACGUCUCCCGCACUGUCGACAUUGUCCGCUUCAUUGCUGCUCAGAUUGGCGGCAUGAUCGACGUGCUCGAGCUCAUCAACGAGGCUGGCGGCUGGCAGAGCAACAUCGCUGCCAUUGUCCGCGACUUCUUUACCGAUGGGUACGAUGCGGUCCGUAGUGUCUCGGGGACCGACCUCAAGGUUAUGAUCGGGGACGCUUUUUUGGGCGUUGCAAACUGGGAUGGCUUCUUGACACCACCUUCCGGUCAAGGUGUUCUCAUGGACUUCCACGAGUACCAGAUAUUUAAUUACGACCAGCUCGCAAUGACCCAAGAUGAACACAUUAACUAUUCCUGCUCCGUUCUCGACACCUUGAAGACGUAUGCCCAAUCAAAUCUAUACACGAUCAGCGGCGAAUGGUCUAACGCCAUCACCGACUGCGCGAAAUGGCUUAACGGGCGUGGCGUCGGAGCGCGCUGGGAUGGUACCUGGCAGGCCGGCCAGCAGACCUUCGGUAACUGCGAUGGAUACACCGGCAAUAUGUCCACGUUCAGUGACGAUUACAAGACGUUCCUCCGGAAAUACUUCGAAUCCCAGGUCGCCAUCGGAGAGGCAGUUCAAGGCUGGACCUUCUGGACAUGGAAGGCCGAGAACGCAGACGACUGGAGCUAUCAGAAGGGAUUGGAGGGCGGCUGGAUCCCGCAAGACCCGACGGAUAGGAAGUACCCCGACAUAUGUUCUUAG